CCUAGUAUUUUUCAAUUCACUUUAGGAUUAUUUCUUUGAGGGACACUUAUAUUUUUGAAGUUCUUGAUUCCUUUCUAAAAUGUCUGAAUUACUGAAGUUGUCAAAGUUUCAGAUUUCUCCCUUUCCGUCCAUCUAUACCCCAGAACCAGGUUCCCUCUUGGGCACGGAUUAUGUGUGGGUGAGGAGGAAGAUGGUUCAGAUUGAUAAAGCAAUACCCCUGGGAAAAAGACGAUUAACAUGUAGAAAGGGAUUUCCCUGCAGUAUAAAUACCAGCACGCGCCCUCCUGGUUGCUUCAGAGCCUUCCUGAUGUAUAUAUGCAGGUAGUGAGAUUUGAAACGGCCCUUUGAAACUGUAAUAUAAUCAAACUCUGAUUUGGGGAGCAGCAGUUCUCCUCCUUUUUCUACUCUCUUGUGGGAAUGAGUUGCCAACCUUUUACUUCGGCUGAUACCUUUAUACCUCUGAAUUCCGAGUCUUCUGCAACUCUGCCUCUGAUAAUGCAUCACAGCGCUGCCGAGUGCCUCCCGGUCUCCAACCACGCCACCAAUGUGAUGUCUACAGUCCCGUCUAUUUUGUCUUUGAUCCAAACUCCUAAAUGUUUGUGUGCAUAUUUCCUGGUGACAUCGUUGGGAAACACAGCAACAGGACUUCAUUAUUCUGUUCCUUCCUGUCAUUAUGGAAACCAGCCAUCAACCUAUGGAGUGAUGGCAGGUAGCUUAACCCCUUGUCUUUACAAGUUUCCUGACCACACCUUGAGUCAUGGCUUUCCUCCCAUGCACCAGCCUCUUCUGGCAGAAGACCCCACCGUCACUGAUUUCAAGCAGGAACUCAGGCGGAAAAGUAAAUUGAUUGAAGAGCCCAUAGACAUGGAUUCUCCGGAAAUCCGAGAACUUGAGAAGUUUGCCAAUGAAUUUAAAGUGAGAAGAAUUAAGUUAGGAUACACCCAAACCAAUGUUGGGGAAGCCCUGGCAGCUGUGCAUGGCUCAGAAUUCAGUCAAACGACUAUCUGCCGAUUUGAAAACCUGCAGCUCAGCUUUAAAAACGCAUGCAAACUAAAAGCAAUAUUAUCAAAAUGGCUGGAGGAAGCAGAGCAAGUCGGAGCUUUAUACAAUGAAAAAGUGGGAGCAAAUGAAAGGAAAAGGAAGCGAAGAACAACUAUAAGUAUCGCUGCUAAAGAUGCUCUGGAGAGACACUUUGGAGAACAGAAUAAACCUUCCUCUCAAGAGAUCAUGCGAAUGGCUGAAGAACUGAAUCUUGAGAAAGAAGUAGUAAGAGUUUGGUUUUGCAAUAGAAGGCAGAGAGAAAAACGGGUGAAAACAAGUCUGAAUCAGAGUUUAUUUACUAUUUCUAAGGAGCACCUUGAAUGCAGAUAAAAUUUACUAUUGUGUAACAUCCAAUUUUUCUGUUUUUCUUUCCUUUCUCUUCCCCAACAAAAAUAGAAAUUAGUUAUUUGGUUGGCUUCAAAAAUUUUAUAUCAACAACUUUUGCAGACACUUUUCUACUUUAAAAAAUUAAUACAAUUUAAAUAUUGGUGACUUAUUUUCUUUAAAAUAUUCUCAGAAGCCAAACUGUGUAUUUUUAAGCCAAAGAUACCAAUAGGAAUAAAACAAUAAUUCUUUCAAAGUCUUUCUCACUCCCUCUUUAUCUACACACGCACACAUGGAGUGUGCACAUGGGUCUUUCAAGAUUCCUUUUCCCAAGGCUGUUUAUUAGCUUUUUAAUAUUUCAGUCAUAAUGCUAAAUAAAGAAUAUCACCAUAGAAAAUACAAUUAGAAAAUUGUGACCAAUGUCCUGUUUCCAUCAGCACUAAUAGUUAGUUUGAACUAAAUUGUUUGCACUUAAGAGCUGGAGGUGCGUUAGAAUUUUAUUAGUGCAUUUAGGAAUAAAUCUUAAUUAGAAGCGAUACUUUUGAUCUUUUAUUCUUCCCAAAGAUUUAGCUUUUUUGAUGUUUAUUUAUAGAAAAUAGGGUUUAUGGAUUCUGAACCCAAACUAUUUUGUAAGCUGCAACAGUGCAGGAAUGAUGUCUGGCUUGUUUACUGUUGUUUGUCCAGUGCCUAGGAAAGUGCUUGUAGUGGGCACGCGAGCUUCGUUAAAUGAAGAAAUGUGCUGUUGUGAUAUUACCAAUGAAGGAGUGUGCUGUUAACAAUUGCUACAAACUUGAAGGGUGCGUAAUUUAAUAACACUAUUUAAGUCUCACAACCCAGAAAAUCAUCAGGAUCCUAUCAAAAAGACUAUCACUUUGUUUUAAUUGGCUAGAAUAUGAUUUGUUAUUGAUGAAAAAGUUUGACAAUCGAGUAUUUUAAUUUAGCGAUUUAUAUCUAGGGAACAUAUUUAAUUAUAAGAAUGAACUUCUUUGAAACUUGCAAACAGAAGGAAAUGGUAACAUAAUAGCAAUCUAAGUGAUUUUUUUUUGCAUUUAAAAUAUAAAUCUGCUGGCAAUGUUUAUUUUAUAUAACAAAAAUGGAAACAAUUAGACCAAAUUUUAUUAAUGAUUUAGAAUGCUUAAUAAAUUACACUGUCCAGUCUUUUAGUGAUACUAAUAAAGAUCAAACAUUAUUUCAUAAUCUCUAUAGAUCAUAUAUGUUUAUGCACACAUAAUCACCAUUAAUUGGAUUGCUAGAAACUUUGAUAUAUUAACAAAAAGAGAUUGUUUUCAGUGGCUUAAUCAUCUAUGCUUAAGUACACAUCUAGCACCCAGGAGGUGUUGAACAAAGUAUACAUACAAGGACUUUUAUUUUUCAAGAGUAAAUUCCAUAUUAUUGAGCCAUGUAGAUAUGUAAGUUCUUCUCUGUAUAAUUCACCUGCUUACCACAUACAUUAAUUGGGAAGGGAUUCUUGAGUUUGUAAAAGGCAGGAAUAGGAUGUAUAUACAUACAUAUAUACUAGAUACAUACACAAAAAUGCAUAUAUGCAUGUCUGAAAGUUGCAAAUAGAAAAAAAGAUAAUGCAAUAUAAAUCUAGAAUAGUGACUUUUUUGCACUUUAAAUAUAAAUCUGAGAAUGUUUAAUCUGACUUUAUACAACAAAAAUAAGCAUGUAUAAAUGCUUAUAUCCUCACAUAUAUAUGAUAAUAUCAGACAUUCAUCCAUAAAGUCAUUCAGGUUUAGAUACAGCUAGC